UCAUUUCAAAACGAAAGCUCGGCGCGAACGCACGCAAAACUCGACAGCGGAAAAUAAAUAUUUAUAAGUGGCCCCGCAGAAAAAGGCAAGCGCUUAUUCAUCCAAAACACCCUGCGAUCGAGAGGCGCGUAACUUGUGCGUGUGUGAUAAGAAGCUAAUUGAUAAAGGAAGUGACGGUGCCCGCAUAUCAUUCAACAUCGCAAAAUGGCUCUGCGAAAAAGUUUGGCCUUGUGCAGCGCACUGCUCUUGGUUUUGCUGCUGGCUGAAUCCCAUGCCAAGCCCUCGCAGGAUUUAAGCACAUCACAAACGGAGUUAAGUGAUCUGAGGGGAGGCGGCAGCCUUUCCACAAAUAAGACGACAGCUGUCGUAAAGGAUACACCUUUGGACUCGAAUUCGGAAGCAGAAUCGGAGGAACAGCAAAGGCGAUCGUAUCCCCACCGCGAUGAGGAUCAAUUGAACUCGGCCACAAAUUUAGUUCUGGCGCAGAAUUACAAGUACGAUGUGGAGAUCCUGGAGUCCGGGGACGAGGAGCAACAGGACUCCAGCAUGGAUGACAUGGACGACCUGGAGGAGCGGUUCAAGGGACGCGGCGUGGUCUUUAGCACGGACACCGACACCUUCGCCUCCGAGAACAUCGAGAUGACUCCCGUGGACACGCAGGCGGAUGCGGUGAGCCAGGGACACGUGCUGCUGGGCAUCGUGGUGGUGGCUCUGGCCUUGAUCUCCAUUGGCCUUUACGCCGGCCUGGUCUUAUGGCGCUCGCACCUGGAGCAGCGGUAUGGAAUGCGCGAGCGGUUGGUGAACCAAGAUCUCGAGGAGGAGGCGGGCGGCGAUGAUUAUCAAGUCUAUGCCCCGACUACCACACCGGCUACACCCAGGGCGUAGUCCGUUCAAAUCUGGUCCGAUUUGAUCUGAUCUGGUGCGCGACAAUUGGACCGGGUUUCGGUUUUAAGUGCGCACUCACCACACAAUCCAGACGACAAUCCCAGCGACAACGAGGAUGGAGAGCAAGCUCAAUCGUCUAAUGAAUGCCAUAAAUUUCCACGACAAGCUGAAAAGCAUUCCACUUCCCAAUUACCUUCUAAUGGCGAUGCUAAAGGUCAUCGCCGAGUUCUAGAAGCGCAGUUGACAGCGCCAAUUAGCUAGUAAGUUCCUGUGAUAUUGUUCUAGAGAUUCUUUUGUACGUCCUUGCACUAACAAUAUGCAUAGAGCCCAAAUUUGUAUUUGAUAAUAAAUAACUAAUUGUAAAUGUAAAAGAAAAUUUUAUUCG